AUGUAUCUCAAACUGAUUGUUUACUGUAAUUUAUUAAUAUUAACUGUGUUUGCUGGCGAAGUUGAUGACAAAUGCAGACCCAACGCAUCAAUUAAAGAAGGAACUUGUAAGCUGAUAACUGAUUGUGAGGUCGCCUUGAGGUCAAUCAAAAAGAACCAAGGUCAUCCAUAUGCAAGAUGUGGUUUUAGCAAGUCGUUUGAGAUAGUAUGUUGUCCGGACCAAGUUGAUUUACAACCAACAGUCACAAUGAACCCGUUUAAAAGGACUACCUCGGCACGACCAGCGGAUAAAUUCGGUGAAGUAGACACCAGAACAGUUAGAAUAGCUGAUGAGGCCUGUAAACAAAUCAUCAAGAAUCGCCUUCCUCCUCUCGGCUUGCAUAUAAUUGGUGGCGUAGAAGCUUCACCUGGGGAAUUCCCACAUAUGGUGGCUUUAGGAUAUGGUGGACCGGACGUGUAUGAGUUCAAUUGUGGCGCUUCACUGUUGUCAGAGUUAUAUGCAUUAACAGCGGCUCAUUGCGUCGACACGCUGACUCAAAUUAAACCAACUAUAGCUCGUAUGGGUGUCGUUGAACUUGGUGAGAAGACGUUUAAUCCGAACACUGACUACAGGAUAGCAGAUAUAUUGAUACAUCCAGAUUACUUGAGACGCACUAAAUAUCAUGAUUUGUCAUUAGUAAGGAUGGAAAGACCGGCUGAAUUUGGAGUGAAUAUCGGUCCAAUAUGUUUGUAUACAAAUUUGCAAGAUCCAACAACAUCACUCACUGUUACUGGCUGGGGAAAAACCAGUAUUACAAAGGAGGACAAGAGUGAUGUUUUGCUCAAAGCGAAUGUCACCGUUGUGGCUAGAAGUAAAUGUGGUCAAUCUUAUUCCAAUUGGCGAAAGUUGCCUAGCGGCAUCUUGAAGGAACAAAUAUGUGCUGGGGAUCCACAAGGACUGAAGGAUACAUGUCAGGGUGAUUCUGGCGGUCCAUUACAAGGUUUGGAUGACCAUGACGGUCAGUAUCGCCUAGUGGGUGUGACGUCAUUCGGCCGUGGUUGUGGCUCGCCAGUGCCAGGGGUGUACACGCGUGUCGCACACUACCUUGACUGGAUAGAAAGUGUUGUAUGGCCGAACGGUUUGGACACGUCGUCUAAUUAA